AUGGGAGGAUCACAAAGUAAACAAUUACAAUUACAUCAAAUCAUUGAUGAUAUUAAGAAAACAACAACAGUUGUCGAUGAGAACACAACUUCGAUGAAUUUGAAGAAUUCAGUUGUCAAUGUCUCAUCCAAGUUGUUGAAUUCAAUUAUCAUUCAGUUGGAUGGUACUGACUCUGAGAGAAUCUGCUUCAGUCUACCAACAUCUGACAAAUGGUACAAACAAAAGGAUUCCUACUUCAAAUUCAACAGUGAUACUCUCUACCGAUCAUUGCGUAUCAAAGAUCAGUUCCAGUUUACUGCCAACAACGAUAAAUUCGAUGUAACCAUAUCGUUAAACUCUGAUUUUACCAUGUUCAUCGGUAAUCAAGAGGAAAUCAAAGAUCAUCAACUUAUGUACUAUGAAUAUUAUUAUAACUAUAAUGAUGAAAUCAUUGAUAUUCCAUCAAAAGUAAAGGUAAUUAAACUAUCAAACUCAUUCAAUUCCGAUUUGAAUCUAUUCUUUAAGGAUAAACUUGCAAACUCUAAUGUUGUCUCGAUUUGCUUGGGAAGAGAUUUCAAUCAUUCGUUGGAGAAUGUCAAGCUUCCACCUACUUUGGAAUCUAUUCGUUUGGGUGAUUCAUUCAAUCAUCCAAUUAGAGCUGGUUUGUUGCCAUCGACCGUUACCAGAUUGGCAUUUGGCAAGGGAUUUGCUUCCUACAAUGAAACUGUAUUGCCAGUGAACUUAAAAGAGCUUGCAUUUGAAUUCCACUGCGAUGUCAACCAGCUACCACAAUCAUUCCUAAAGUCAAUUCCAUCAACUCUAACCAGUGUCGGAUCUGUAACACCAAGCUCACUCGAUCUCCUCAAGAAACAAUUCCCAUCGAUCGAAACGAUAUCUCUAACCUCUGAGAUUCCACAGAAUUUAGAGAAUGGCAGUAUUCCAUCGACUAUCACCGAACUCACGAUCUCUGCACCGACCAAUGUAAAACCAGGUUCCAUUCCAUCAAGCAUCAAGCGUUUCAAUCUCGGUUUGGGUUUCUUCAGUGGUGAACUCAAUGACAUCCUGCCAAUGGAUGCAAAGUACGACAGUUUGGAUCUCGGUUACAACCGACAUAUUAUGCCACUCGUAGCCAACUCGUUGCCUUUGAACAUCAAGCACCUACGUCUUCCAAGUAGCUACAAUCAUCCAUUGGUUAUUGGAUCGAUUCCCAAAUCAGUAGAGUCAUUGCAUCUCGGUUAUGAAUUUGACCAAGAGCUUACUACCGGAGUCAUCCCCAACUCUGUUAGAGAACUAACUCUCAGCGGUGACUAUACCAAACCACUCAACUCUGGAUCCAUUCCAAACUCCGUUGAAACACUUCAUUUCCGUACUUACAACCAAAAGAUAAAGAAGAAUGUGUUGCCAUCCUCCAUCAAAACAGUGUCGUUCAGUAUCAACGCUUUCCAAGGUAACGAUAAGAAACUCAUCGAGUCACUUCCAGUAUCUGUACAGACCAUCUUGAUCUAUGAAUUCACUCAAGCCAAGGUUAUCGUCAACUGCAGAAGAAUUGAAUCAGAUCGAUUCCUAAUGAUCAAUUGUCAAAAGAGAUCAUCAAUCGUUGGAGGUUUCAUCUCUUCCUCAUCAUUGAAUGAUUUACUUAUAGAGUUAUCAAAUUCUGAAAAUUAA